UCGACAUGCCCUCGUCCCUCGUCCAGAUCCGCGGCCGCCCCCUCUUUGUCGAGGUGGCAGGCCGCGGUCCGCCCCUGAUCGCCCUACACGGCUUGGGUGGGUCGACCAACCUGUUCCCGCUCGCCGACGACCUCUCGUCGCGGUUCACGGUCGUGCGCUUCGACUUUGAGGGCGCCGGGCAGAGCCCGCUUGAUGGCGAGACGACGAGGAUGGACGUCGAGGGCUUGGUCGAGGACGUGGUGGCGGUGCUGGACUAUGCGGCGCCGGGCGAGGACGAGGCGGUCCUGUUCGGGCACUCUCUCGGCGCGACCGUCGCCCUCCACUUGGCCGCCACCCACCCGAACCGCGUCUCGCGCCUCGUCCUGUCGUGCCCGGGCCUCGCGCGCGCCGGCAAUCCCGAGGCGGUCAAGAUGUCGCUCGCGCUCGCUGCGACGGCGAGGAGCAAGGGCACGUUCGAGAUGGCCGACUUUACAGCCAAGAAGAACCUCCGCCCCUCCCCGACCCGCCCCGAGCUCGCCCUCGUCCGCACGGCGAUGCAGCAAUCGUCUCGCGAGGGGUACGCCCUCGCGUGCGAGAUGCUCGCGCGCACGCCCGAGCCCGACUGGCGCCAAGUCGUCGCGCCCGUGCUGCUUGUUGCCGGGCGCGAGGACCGGAUCAGCAGCGUCGAGGCGGCAGAGACGAUCAGGGGGUGCCUCACUGCAAGCAAGGGCGCCACCGUCGUCGCCGUCGACGCAGGGCACCAACCGGCGGUCGAGUGCCCCGAUGUCGUCCUCGCGCUCCUCGAGGACUUUUUGGCGUAG